AUGGCGACCUGGGACGCCGACCCGAAACGCCCGUCUCUCACCCUCCGGCCGCCGCCGUCGCCGCCUCCAGGGCCGGACCCCGCGCAGGGCGGGGGCGCGGAAGCUGACGUUCCCGCUUUCCCAGAGGCUCCGCCAUUCGGGACCACCACGAGCCACUUAGACAGCGAGGAUGUGACCGUGUACAAGAGCCUCCGCCUCAAGAGCUCCAAGGAGUGGCUGGAGCCGCAGCCUCUGUACUUCGUGGAGGCAUUUGCCAGAGAAGAUAUUAAUGCAGCCAUUAAAUCAAUAUUGUAUAGAGAAAAUUACAUAAAUAAGGAAUUAGAUAAAUAUUUACAAUAUCACGACUUCUUAAACACGAGGAGAAAAGAGAUGUUAUACAAGAGAUGGGUUGACCACGUGGCCGGUCCUCUCCAGAGGAAAAUCAUGGAGAAAGUCUGUUCACAUAAGAAGAUUAAGAAAAGGAGACACCAGGAAUUAGACACCUUCUUAAAAUACGUCAAUAAAAAGGGAAAUGCAUUCAUAGAGCAUUAUGAUCCCAAAGAGUAUGACCCAUUUUACGGACACAAAGAGGACCUGGAUUUCCUGAAGGUUACCAUCCCACCAUUUCGUGACCCUUUGAAAAAGGCACAAUAUGACAAAGAUGACGAAAAGAGAACUCUUCUUCAGUGUGAGACUGGCAAAAUACAUACAAUGAAAGAAUAUAAAGAGAUUGAGAAGGCCAAACUGUAUUGUAGAUUUCCACAACUUUCUAAUUCAAGGUGCUUUGUGACUCCAAAUGAUUGGCUUAAACUGUCUACAAGCUACAUAGAAAGUGACUUUUGCAAAAGGAGCAGGCUGAAGGUGAAGACUAAUUUUAACGCUAGUAGUUUUGACUUGCAACACGUGGUCAGAGUUCCUCACGUUCGGGGAUCCCAGGAAGAAGACAAAAUACUUCUUUGCAAGAAAGGAAGGGCGUGCUCGCUGGGGAAAGGACGGCACCAUUCUCAGCAGGAAAAGCGUCCGAGUGGCCAGGAGGCCAAGGCUGACAGGCCCUCCCUGAGCCUCGGCGCGGAGGCCGAGCGGAGGGAAGACCAGGAUGCGGUUCUGGCAGCCACGGAGCACACGCCCUGACUCCGGACCGGCCAGGAGGACGCAGAGGAUGGACGGCUGCUGUGGAGGAGGCCACCUGCCAGCAGGCGUCGUUGGCGCUCGGGAGCCGUCCUGGAUCUGAGAAAAGUACCUGCAAUAAACCUCCCUUACUGUCCGAGUUCAGUGUCUGUGUGAGAACGGAGGAACCACGCCUCCAGGUACUGGAAUUGUUGGAAGGGUGUUCCCCAGAGGCUAAGAAACUGGCAGAAAGAUGCAAUACAAACCCACAGCCCCCUCCCCAGCCAUCUCAGCGCUCAGUCUCCCUGGGUUAAGGGGCGCUGCCUUCCGUCGGGUCCCCUUAGGAUCCUCCCCCCCUUCUCCCCAGGCUCCUUCAGCAGUCCUUGGGAAAUGGGACCAUUCCCUGAGAUUCCCAGGGGCGGGUUCUGGUCCCCACGGCCCCAGGCUCCUGUGGAGUUGGACUCCGGGCCCAGGAAGACUGAGAGGGCAGAGCAGGACCUGGAGGCAGAGGCGACCCUGGAGGCCGCUGCUCCCCUCCAGUCUAGCAUCAGGGAGGCCGGGCCCGGAA